AUGCCACCACUGGGAAACUUAACCUCCGAGAAUCGAACUCCACCUGCUGCGAGAACCGUUCAGCAAACGGGGUUCAGUGACCCAAUAGGGCAAGCUCGCGGUUACGACCCCUGCGGACCCAUCGGCGAGGAUCCUCAAAGAGAAGACCUAAGGAUCCCGGGCGAAACCGGAACGUUCAAGAAUUAUAUUGAAAGAAACGACGCCGAGCUCAAAAGAAUACACGCCAUCGUGCAUAUGGCGACGAGCUCUGCUCCAGACAUAGAUAUGGUCAUUGAGGAGACAAGGAGAACUCCAUUCACGAACCGAAUCGCCAGCGUAAGGCUACAUCAUGUCGGGAAACUCAAAUUUCCCGAGUACGCUGGGAACACAGACCCGAAAGCUCACGUACGAGCCUUUCGACUAGCGAUAUCAAGAGCACACCUCAACGAUGACGAAAAAGAGGCCGGCUACUGCCGCUUCUUUGCCGAAAAUCUCACCGGGGCCGCCUUUGAAUGGUUUGCAGGCCUUGAAGAAAACUCAAUCGACAACUUCACCCAAUUGGUGUCUACGUUCCUCAAACAAUACUUAGUUUUCUUAGAACCGAGGGUUACCGAGGCAGACCUCUGGAAUCUCAAGCAAGCGCCUUUCGAGCCAUUAAGAGCGUACAUAAACAAGUUCAGGGAAAUCAAAGCCAAGAUCUCGCACCCAAACGAAGUCUUGGCCCUGGUAGCGUUAAAGAACGGCGUCUGGUUCUCAUCCAAAUUCAGGGAAGAAAUGGCAGUGUGGGCACCAAUCUCGUUGGACAACGCCCUACACCGAGCUUCCUAUUUCACAACUCACGAAGAGGAGUUUGCAGCCUUAAAGGAACAGUACAGCACGAAAAAAAAUAACAUCGCCAAAAAGAAUAAUGCUCCUAAAGAACCAGCAACUAAAGAGCAACCCUCCUAUGCGAUAAACAAUUCACCGCAAAACAAAUCAUCAACGUACGACCCGAACAAACACUGUGCCUUCCAUGACCAAAAAUUUCAUUCGACCGUGGAAUGUCGAGCGGCACUUCGCAGUCAAAACAAAAAUAAAAAGACUAGUGAGGAUACCGAAGAAGAAGAGGAAGAGCCAGCGACUCCAAAAUCUAAUCGGAAAGCUAAAGGCUCUUCGAAUAAAAGAAGUAGCGAAACCGAGCCAGAGUCACCUAGCUCUCCACCCCCAGCGCCGAAGAAAAGAGUCGACUUGAUCUCGUGGGGGUCAGAAAGCCAUACACCUAAUAGAAUCGAGGGACAGACCGAAGGAAGAGUAUGCAUCGACAUUACGGUAGCAAUCCGAACACUAGAGAACCUCAAUGAAGCUACCCCUCCUCACAGCAUUACUCGAUACAACCCAGAUGCGGGGUCUUCCUUUAGGAAAAUCCCAAACUUCAAGCGAAAGUAG